UAAUAGGAACGGAUAUAGUUGAAAGUAAGGGGGAAUCGUCGGACAAUUGCCAGUGCUGCACAUAUAUGUGGCGUGCAUCCACAGCCUUUUUAGAAUCUACCGGUCUGAAAAUGCCUCUUAUAAUAAUGUGUGGUUAUCCAUGCAGUGGGAAAUCAAAACGCGCAGAGGAGUUGAAACAAUAUUUUACAGAACAUACAGACAGGAAGGUUCACGUUAUAGCUGAUGACAUCCUAGGAAAUGAAAAGAAUUGUGUUUAUGCGGAUUCUCAAAACGAAAAAAGUUUGAGAGGCGCCCUGAAAGCAGAGGUUGAACGUAAGAUCACCAAAGAUGACAUUGUCAUUUUGGACUCCUUAAACUAUAUUAAGGGUUACAGAUAUGAACUUUUUUGUAUUAUAAAGCACGUCCAAACUCCUCAUUGCCUGGUUUACUGCUUGACGUCAGCUGAAGUAAGCACAGACUGGAACAGGAGUAGAGAGGCUGGUGACCAGUACACGCAGGAGAUUCUAGAUGCACUAGUGUUACGUUUCGAAGCACCAGACUCCAGAAACAGAUGGGAUAGCCCCCUCUUCACCAUUCAGAUGGAAGACACGAUGCCGUUCGAGGCCAUAUCUGAUGCCAUCUUCAAGAGGAAAGCACCACCCCCAAACCAGUCCACCCAAAGCCAACCUCUGUCAUCAACUAAUUUCUUGUAUGAGUUGGACAAAGUCACCCAAGAUGUGUUGAUGGCCAUUCUGGACUCCCAGAAGACCAGUGUGCCUGGAGAUUUAAUUGCUAUUCCUGGAGCCACAGAAAAAAUGGAGCUAAACCGAAGCAUCAACAUGGCAGAACUGAGGAAGCUACGUCGCCAGUUCAUCAGCUAUACCAAAAUGCACCCAACUGAGAACAUUGGGCAGAUAGCUAAUAUGUUUGUGCAAUAUCUUAACAAGAGCAUGCACUAGUUUUCUAAUAUGCUUUUAUUUUAACUGAUCAUACAGGUCAUCUUUAAACCUAUAACACCUGUUUGCCUUUCCUGAAUUGUGACAUAAGACACGUUUUUUUGUUUACGAGGCGUUUUAUGAAAUCUGUAUAUUUUUAUUAGAGAAAUAAAUGAAAUUUAAAAAUUCUGAAAAAGUUUUAUUCUUUUUGAAGUGCUGCGUAUGGCAGUGCCA